AAGAAAGUAACGAAAGUAAUGAUGAUGACCAAAUAUUUUAAGAGGAUUUGAAGAAAUUGAUUGACGAGAAAGACAAAAGAAGAGCAAAAGAAAAGAAAGAAAUGCAUUGAAAAUUGCAUGUAAAUAAGACACACAAAUACGCAUAUAUAUAUACGUAUGACGUACAGAGAGUAAUGAGGUAACGUGGUUGAUAACAUUCAAGUAAACGCUACUCGCCUAAUGGCUAAUCCGUUUAGUUAUAGAUAAUAAGUUAGUACAGAAAAGAACCACUGUGUCGCUUCAAUCGCAUUUAGUCGAUGGAAUCGCGAAUAGACUGGCACGUACGUGUUCUAUCUCGUUUAGUUACGUUUAGUUCAACGCCGGUAUAUUUUAUUAGAGUUAUUGUUCUUGAUCUUUGAUGAGGACUUUGUGAAACGAAAAAGGAAAUAAUUUCGAUCAGUAGAAAUAUCAGUGGCUUCAGUAAAUAUUUUUCUUCUAUUAUCGCGGAAGGAAUAGAAGACAAGGUCGAACGACAAGUGACGUCUAUAAUUAGUCAUCGACGAGAUUCGUGAUAAUAAUAACAACACUACUCGUUAACGAACUAUUCAACAAGAAUUUCAAGAAGAAAGCGGAAGAAAUCCCAAAGUUACACACACACACGCUCACAUAUAUAUAUUUAUAUAUAUCACUGAUCUCGUGAAUUAUUUUUUAUAAUCAAACUAAAAGUUCAACGUUCCUCUUGUUACAAUAUUUAUAAUAAUCGUCGAUAAGACGUUCAUGAAAGACAUUCCUUUGUGAUCGCCUGAAUAUCGAAGGUGGUGUUAGAAAUCGUAACCGUUAGAAAGAAUUGUAACCGGCAAUUAGAUACAGACGGAUAAAAUAUCGAUCGUAAAGAAGAAUGAAAUAAAAAGGAUCAUUUUCGAGGAACAAACAAAUACGUUGUUUCAUUUUACAGACAACGAGUGAUAAAAGUAAUCAUUAUGAGUUUAAUGACGCCAUAUCUCGAAGCGAUUCAAGCGAUUCCAGGUGACACGCCUACCGAAAAAUAUCGAUGGAUAUCGAAAAUGAUAAAAGAUCGUAUUAAAGUUGAGGGUACGGAAUUCGAUUUGAAUAUCUGGACGAAUAUUAUAGGUCAGCCAUUGAUACCACUUGUAAAAAUAAUUGCUGGGAAUAUGUUAAAGAAGUACGAUGUCGUUACGGAGGCAUUAAAAUCGGAAGAUAUGUUUGUAGUAUCGAAAGCACUCAAAGCACGUUGGUAUUUCGAUGGACAUAAUAAGAAAAUAGUAAACGUUGAUUUCUUCUUUGAAAACAUCUUACCUUACGUGUCCAUGAAAGUUAGAGCACGAAUUAUAAAGAGUUUAUCGUGUCAUUUGGGAAGGAAUCAUCCUAAAUUGGCCGAAAAAUUUUUUAUGGCAUUAUCGAAAGCUUAUGGCAUAGAUCAAUCGAUAAUUUUAUUACGUAAUUGCAGCGAAUCAUUCAUAUACGAUAUCGUAGUUCGUCAUAGAAUUGUAGUUUCGAGUAAUGUAUUGAAAAAAUGGUACUUAACCAAACCGAAUCUUGUAAUACGUUAUUUGAAACUCGAUCAGCCAAUGGACGAUCCUUUGUUUCGUAAUACUUACAGGGUAUCCGUUCACAAAUAUAUAGACUUUUUACCGUCAUUAAUAAAAUAUAAUCUAAAAGAUUUCAUCGAGAUUUUUGAAAGAUACGAAAGUAAUCCGCCAGUGAUAAAACUUAAGAUUAAGUGUGCCGAUAUGUUCCUUAAAAAGGCUACACAAAAGUUCCUAGAGAAGCCAAAGUUAUUUAUAAAUAUGUUGCCCCUUAAACUGAUAGACUCCGACCGUAUGGAUAUUAUAUUCCCGAAAUUAAUGCCAAAGGAUAGAAACAAAUUUAAUACAAAUCAGAUGUUGAAGUAUCUCGAGUAUUAUCCAGAUGAGAAAAAAGCAAUGCUCUUUUUAAAAUCCUACAAGGACGUUUAUAAGAAGAACUUGUUCGAUGAUCUAACCAACGUCACGGAUAGUUUACUUUGUAUUUUGCCGAUCGAUCAACGAAUAACAGAGGCCCGUCGGUUGAAAUCGCAAAAGUCGGCCAAUUGCACAUACGAAACGAAUUACAAAUGUGUAUGGAGGUGUUAUUUACCGACGAAUGAGAUAAUUCCUACGAUCAUAAGCGAAGUAAAUAAGACCAAAUAUACCACGGACAGAGUAGCAUUGAUAAUGCAGAUAAUUUAUUCCUGUAAGAUAAAUCAGGAUGACGAGGCAUUAUUUAAAACUUUAGAAUAUAUCAAUGUAAGGCACAAAAACGAGGACGCUAGUUUUUGGUCUUCUUUAUUUGAAGAAUUUCGUAAUAUUUACGAUCUAUCGAAAUUGAGCAAAAGGCAUUGGAUCGUCAUCAAUGAAAUUAUCGAAAGGAAUUACGUUAUGGAUCAAUUAUGUGGAUUUUAUUCGUCGAAGAACAAAUUUCUAUUGGAAUCAGCAAUUCGUUUUCGAAUGAUGAAUGAUAUGCCGUUGGAAAAAAUAUUAAAUAUCUUCGUCGAUGUAGAAUUACAAAAUUGGGAGGACAGGUGGAUCAUAUUCAACGAUGACGCUGAAUAUCAACGAAGGUGUUUCGAUAAUAUCGUCAAAAUAAUAGUAAAGAAAUUUGAAACGAAAGAUCCUAAUUGGGAGAAAGAGAACAAGUUGACCGUGACAAAGGAUCUUUUACUUGCCAUUAAUAAUUACAAUGUACGGCAUGCAAUAGGAAAGAAUACAAAAUGGGGAAAAUUGUCAUUGAAAAAUUAUCCAUGGCUUAUGGAACAGGUACGAUCGAUAAUAACCAAUGUACCGCCGAUCGAUAGCUAUCUCGUUAAAGAUAUUAAAAGGUAUUUGAAGAACGAUGAAGAUCUUUACAAAUUGUGGAUGAUGGAGGAAGAAAUUGCCGGGGAUAUUGAUUCUGGAAAUGCUCUGGCACAAUUGAAAAGGAAUCCGGAAUUUGUAUUGAAACGUUUUUCCAAUUAUUUAGACAAUUGUGAGAUAAGUACGCGCGUUAGAAUGAUGAAACGUUUCAUUACUAGAAGCCGUUGGUACAAGGACAUACCGAUUAAAUUUGCGGAGGAAGCUAUGAGACGUCUUAGGGAUGAGAAUAAAGUUUAUUAUUUACAAUUCCUAGGUAUGCUUCUAUAUGGGAAAACAUAUGCGAAAAUCAUCGAUCCGUAUAUACCUAAAGAAAAAAUGAUCGACAUUGAACCGAACGAUGCCAAUAACAGAUACAAACUAUUGAUAAACGCUUUGAGGGGUAUAGUUCUGUCUGAUCCGCCUGUACCGAUUGAAAUAAUCGCUAGAAUAUGCGAAAGUGAUUACCUGUUGACGGCUUUACAGGUUAUAACAAAUGUAUGCGAUCGAACGUCGAUAAGCAAGAUUAAAUUGUUCGCUAAAGAUUUAACCGAUAAACGUGUCUCAGUUAAGAAACACGGAAUAAGAUUAAUCUGUAGAAUUGAAACGCUUCAAAAUAGUUCGGAUUUUCUUUUGUCACAAUUGAAAGAGGAAAAACAUUAUUCGAUUCGGGAGAUUAUAAUAACGAAAACCUUUGAUAUGUUCAAGAAGGAACCUGGACCGAUUACCUGGUUGACAUUGAAAAAAUGCAUAAGCGAAUUUAAAUUGGAAGAUUGGCAAAAUUGUAAACAUCUGAUUAAUCCAAUGACGAAUAUUCCCACGGAAUAUAUAUUUGAUUUCAUUCAUAUGAUCAUAAAAAUGGCGGAAAAAGCCAUUGUUCAGAUGAAUGGUGUCGAUGAUCGUACGAUAAAGUGGUACAUAGAAACUAUUUUCGGUAAAAUAGACGAGGCUACGGCUAACAUUUUACCGGAUGAUUAUUGCGAGAAGAUCAUCGAGAAAUAUCUAUUCAAUUCUGAUUACGUUAUGCAAGAUACAUUUAGAAUAUUUACGGUAAACAAAUAUCUUUUAUUGAGGAAGGACAAGCUCGAAUCGAGAUUCGCCAUUUUGAUGCGUAUCUUUUUCAAUGCCGUCAGAACCGGUUGGAAUAUGCCGCAUCCUAAAAGAGCACAUUUCUAUCCCAUUAAUUAUACAUUACGCGUUAUAAUACACGACAUAAUUUCCCAUCUAUUGAGCGACAAUCAAUACGAUUUAAGAAUAAUCCAUGGAACUUUGAAAUUAUUCAAUGAAUGUUUGACACCCGAAAUGGAUAUUACUUCAUACUUUUUGUUGAUAAUAACGAAGGAAUAUAUUGAAUCGAAGGAACUAUAUGUAUUUGCGUUGAAAUUGUGCGAUAAAAUACCAGAAUUGGUUUGUGAGUAUAGUCCCCUUUAUCCUACAAGUAUAAUCGAUGCCCUACAACAUUUCUUUGCUAUCAUUCGUAUCGAUAAUCUCGAGGAAAUGAAAUUAAUCGUAAUAGAAAAUUUGAUCAAAUGUCCAUCCAUUUAUGCUCAAUUGGUCGCAGUGUCGAUUUUGCCGAUUAUCAAGAUACCGGCCAAUAUUCCAAAAUACGAUGCAUUGGUAAAUAUACUUCGUAAUAGUAAUAAUGCUACGAUUAGAAGUAUACUUUAUACGAAGAUCAAUGCAGUUGGUUUUUACAGUUGCACCGUUGAUCAAUAAAAACUUAAUUAAUAAUUUUUAAUUUUCAUUUUUUAAUACAUUAAGGAAAUAUCUACAUAUUGCGACGUUAGAUACAUAUUUUUUUAUAUACAUAGCUCACAUAUAUAUAUAUAUAUACACAUACACACACAAUUCGUCAAUUUCUUUAAAAGAUAUUAUAUAAAUUAUCAUCCUUAAGUACAAAGUUUGUCAUAUUAGUAUCGCCUAAUGCGUUAUUCAUUAACAGACUCAUCAUUUUUUUUAUUGUUAUCAUUUUCUCUCUCUCUCUCUCUCUCUCUCUUUCUCUUUAAUCAAUCACUGUAAAAUCAUUACAAUAGAUCAUAUUUUUAUUCAUCGUAUAGCUAUGUAAAUAAUUAAUAGUAACAAGCGUGAACAAAAAGUAGAGUGAUAUUUUUAUAAGAUUUAUUUUUCUUAUCUUCUUCUUUUUCUUCUUCUUCUUACGCUUUCAUUUAUUGUUAUGCUUAUUAAUAAGUUUGUUUAUUACUUUUUUAUAUGAUGCGCAAGAGCGUGUGUUAUCUUAUUAAAAAGAACUUUGCACAUUUU